AUGCGUGUUUUGGGCUGCAUUUUCAUUGUAUCUUACAGCGGUUUCGUUUCGGCCAUCCAGUCGUAUGUGAAUAUCAAUCAUCCCCAACGUACAUCAUCUCAACAUGUUGUCGCUUACUCCUUUUUUCCAACGACAGCCUUUUUCUCAUACAUGCCAUCCAAUGCUCCAUUUAUCAUCUUCGGCAUCGCCAAUAUGGUUCUCACCAUUGUAUCGUUGUUUGGUCUCCUAGCACUUUAUUUGGACGUGUACAAUUAUAUAUUGACUGUAUCACACGGCGUGGUAGUGGGCACAGCACUUGUUAUUGUUGAUGCCAUUAUCAAUACGAUCUUAUUUAUCACCAUGAGAGGGGACUAUAUUAAUUGGUGUAUCGAUUCUGCAUCAGGGCGGUUUAUUGACGCUACCCAAACCGGUGGUCUAGACACCAUGGCACAACAACAAGACUUUUACAAUUGUGAUCGAUCCUGGCAAGACGAGCUCAAAUUUGGCGUGCUUGCUUUGAUGAUGAUUGUUGGGUUUUAUGGAUAUUGGGCAAUGUGCUUUCGAUCCUUUCGUAUCAAACGAGCCGUUUAUUUGUCUCAUAUUAUGGGGGUAUCUAUUGAUCCACGUCAUGUUCCUCCACCUAUGGGACCUCAUCAUCCUCCUAUGGGUGGUCCUAUGGGUCCGAUGCGCGGCAUGCCACCACCACCUCCUCCUCCUCCACCUAUGAUGGAUCCCCGAUCUGCCGGUCAUCCACACGUCAUUGUCCUCAAUAACAUCAAGCCAUCCUCCCAUAGCACCAAAAAUGAUUCACCGCCACCUUACAGCAAAUAA